GAGGCGCUUCCGGCGCGUGGAAUGACCGGAGCGGCGUCCCGGGGCACCGCGUGAAAUAGAACGCGGAGAGAACGGUGAGGGGAGCGGCAGCGGGCUGCGAUGGGACUGAGGCUCGCGCUCUGAGGGGGUGAAUCCAGUCCCGGCCCUAUGGCUCUCACCGGCAGGACGGUCUCGUGGUGGGUCCGGCUGCUCUGGCCCUGCCCUGCGGCCGCCCCUCGGGGCCCUCCGGUCUGGCUGCCCACGGGGCUUGAGGCCUGCCAGCGGUUCUACAGCUCCCGCGACAAGGAGAAAAUAGAUAUGUCAGCAUAUCCUGUUGAAAGCAUAAGAAACUUCAGUAUUAUAGCUCAUGUAGAUCAUGGCAAAAGCACACUAGCAGACAGAUUGCUGGAAAUUACAGGAACAAUUGCUAAAACUGACCGUAACAAACAAGUACUGGAUAAACUGCAAGUGGAACGUGAAAGGGGAAUUACAGUUAAAGCACAGUCUGCAUCGCUCUUUUACAAUUACAAAGGAGUGAACUACCUCUUAAAUCUUAUUGACACACCAGGCCACGUAGAUUUCAACUAUGAAGUUUCACGGUCACUAUCUGCCUGCCAAGGUGUCCUACUUGUAGUAGAUGCCAAUGAGCCACAGAUGAAUACUUGCCUUUUAAUAGGUGCUGUGGUGCCAUACCAUAGAAACAGAAGCACUGAAGUAAUGGAGAAUCAGGGUAUUCAGGCUCAGACGGUGGCAAACUUCUAUCUUGCUUUUGAAGCACAACUUGCAAUAAUUCCUGUCGUAAACAAGAUUGACUUAAAGAAUGCAGACCCUGAAAGAGUUGAAAAACAAAUUGAGAAGCUGUUUGAUAUCCCUGUUAAUGAAUGCAUAAGGAUUUCUGCUAAACAAGGGACAAAUAUUGAAAAAGUUCUUGAAAAGGUCAUUGAAAAGAUUCCACCACCUCAAUUUAAUACUACUGAUCCCUUGAAAGCCUUAGUAUUCGACUCCACCUUUGACCACUACCGAGGUGUCAUAGCUAACAUUGCAGUUUUUGGUGGGGAGAUUCAGAAAGGGCAUAAAAUUGUGUCUGCGCAUACAAAUAAAAGAUAUGAAGUUAAUGAAGUAGGAAUUCUGACUCCAAAUGAACAGCCAACACACAAACUAUAUGCUGGACAAGUGGGCUACCUGAUUGCUGGAAUGAAAGAAGUAACAGAAGCCCAAAUAGGAGACACACUGUUUAUGUAUAAACAGCCAGUGGAGCCUUUGCCUGGCUUUAAGUCAGUGAAGCCAAUGGUUUUUGCAGGAAUGUAUCCUGUAGAUCAAACAGAAUAUAAUAAUCUUAAAAGUGCUUUGGAAAGGCUGACAUUGAAUGAUUCCAGUGUCACUGUUCAUCGUGACAGUAGCCUUGCUUUAGGAGCUGGAUGGAGGUUGGGUUUUCUUGGUCUUUUGCAUAUGGAAGUUUUUAAUCAACGCUUGGAGCAAGAAUAUAACACAUCUGUUAUUUUGACUGCACCUACUGUUCCAUAUAAAGCUGUUCUUUCCUCAGCAAAAUUGAUAAAGGAGUAUGGUAAUUCAGAGAUUACUAUUAUCAACCCUGCUCAAUUUCCUGAUAAACAUUCAGUGUCUGAAUAUCUGGAGCCAACUGUUCUUGGCACUAUUGUAACACCUCAGGAAUAUAUUAGGAAAAUAAUUGUUUUGUGUCAGGAUCGUAGGGCAGUCCAGAAAGAAAUGUUGUUUAUUGAUGAACAUAGGGUUAUACUAAAAUACCUUUUUCCAUUGAAUGAAAUCGUGGUGGAUUUUUAUGAUGCCCUUAAGUCUCUGUCUUCUGGCUAUGCAAGUUUUGAUUAUGAAGAUGCAGGUUACCAGGCAGCAGAUCUUAUCAAAAUGGAUAUUCUUAUAAAUGGAAAUCCAAUUGAAGAACUGGCAACUAUCACACACAAUGAUAAAGCCUAUGCUACUGGUAAAUUCCUGUGUGAGCGUUUAAAAGAUACAAUACCAAGACAAUUAUUUGAAAUAGCCAUCCAGGCUGCUAUUGGCAACAAAAUAAUUGCAAGGGAAACAUUGAAAGCUUACAGGAAAAAUGUUGUGGCAAAAUGUCUAUUAAGAAUUCUUCCAAUUGGAACCUAGGUUGGAUGAUAUCCCAUCAGACAAUGUAAGGGUUGAUGAAUUUGGAUGUAAUCACCUUGUGGUAGCCAAGAUGCUAUAGUGUAUCAAAGCUGACACUGUUGCUGUUCCACAAGGAUUUGAAUAGCCCAUAGUAUGCUACAGUUCUAUCCUGCUAUCCUAAUGUCAUCCAGGCUUAUCUAAGAAUAUUUAGUAUAUAAAAUACGUGAAUUAAUCUACCUUUAGUUGUCUAAAGGUAGAUUGCUCCUGUUCUUUUCAACUACUGCUCUCUUGGGAUAAUGGUAGAGAGUGAUAUUUUCUAAUAUAACUAGCCUCAUUUAAGCCUGUGUUUAUUAAGUACUGUAGGCUUAAUAAAAUAUUUUUCCUU